UAGAGGGAGUCCCAGUGCCAGAAAUCUUCACGCACUAUAGCUCCCAUCAACGCCCCUGAGCUGCCGGAGACACAGUGACGGAUUGGCAACAACAAACGAAGGCAAUCUGACAAAUGACUGAAAUGAUCUCUGAAACGUAAGCCCGAAUGGCGUGAUCUUUCCAAGCUGCUGUGAUGUAAUGGAGGAUUUCUCCGAAGACUGCCCCUGACUUUGUGUUUGGCGUCCUCCACAGAAAACUUCGGUGUGCGUGUGCUUGUCAUCCAUUAUUCAUGUUUCAAACUUCUGGGGGAAUGUGCUCGCUUUCGAAGCCGAUGCAUGCACUACUCUAGGCGAAGAAGCUCCGCUCAUCAGACCGUUCCGUCAACGGCUCCAUCUGUCCGUCUACCUCGUCAACACCAGAGCUGAAAAGUGAAUUGGAUGACUCCUCUGAAGUGGAGUCCGACAUUCCCUCAGUAAACAAGUGGCCCCAUCAUUGCUCAUCCAUUCCCCACAUCCUGAGUUUUUGAAAGGACGCGGAUUUCAGCUUUUCCGGGGGGUUCCAGGUGUUGUGAAACCCGUUACUUUCACCCAGUGGCCUGCUGUGGUCCCCUGGGUGUGUUCUGUCGCCAUGGCUACAAACAGGGAACAGCAGGUGGGUCACAUGACUGGCUUCCCACCUGCUGUCUACCCCUUCGCCUUCAACUCCAUGAGAAGCCACUCCCCUUUUGACCUGCUGGCCAACAGCAGCCUGUUUGGAAGAUUUGGUGCUGACCUGCCCAAAGAGAUGGCCGCACUCUCGGUUGAGACCCAGAGCACCAGCUCAGAGGAGAUGGUACCCAGUUCUCCGUCUCCACCUCCCCCACCUCGUAUCUACAAGCCCUGCUUUGUGUGCCAGGACAAGUCCUCCGGGUACCACUAUGGGGUCAGCUCCUGUGAGGGCUGCAAGGGUUUCUUCCGCCGCAGUAUCCAGAAGAACAUGGUGUAUACCUGCCACCGAGACAAGAACUGUCAGAUUAACAAGGUCACACGCAACCGCUGCCAGUACUGUAGGCUGCAGAAGUGCUUUGAGGUCGGCAUGUCCAAGGAAGGUGAGCCCUCCAGGACGGGAGUGCCAAGACACAGAGAGACCCGCUUCCAAAACAUGGAUAUUCACUCACUCACACAACGAAAACCACCGGUGCGCAAUGACAGAAACAAGAAGAAGAAGGAUGUGAAGGAGGAGGUGGUGCUUCCAGAGAGCUAUGAGCUAAGCGGAGAGCUAGAGGAGUUGGUCAAUAAAGUCAGCAAAGCUCACCAAGAAACGUUCCCGUCACUCUGCCAAUUGGGCAAAUACACCACCAACUCCAGCUCAGACCACCGUGUCCAGCUGGAUCUGGGUUUAUGGGACAAGUUCAGUGAGCUCUCCACCAAAUGCAUCAUCAAGAUAGUGGAAUUUGCCAAGCGGCUGCCAGGUUUUACCACCCUCACCAUCGCUGACCAGAUCACUUUACUUAAGUCAGCCUGCCUGGACAUACUGAUGCUGAGGAUUUGCACACGCUACACCCCAGAACAGGACACUAUGACCUUCUCAGAUGGCCUGACUUUGAACCGGACUCAGAUGCACAACGCUGGCUUCGGACCACUCACAGACCUGGUGUUUGCCUUUGCUGGCCAGCUUCUACCGCUGGAAAUGGAUGACACAGAAACUGGCCUCCUCAGUGCCAUCUGCCUCAUCUGUGGAGACCGUAUGGAUCUAGAGGAGCCCCAGAAAGUGGAUAAGCUGCAAGAGCCUCUACUUGAGGCUCUGAAGAUCUACGCCCGCCGUCGUCGCCCCAACAAACCCCACAUGUUCCCCCGCAUGCUGAUGAAGAUCACCGACCUCAGGGGUAUCAGUACUAAGGGUGCAGAGAGAGCCAUCACUCUGAAGAUGGAGAUCCCAGGGCCAAUGCCUCCUUUGAUCAGGGAGAUGCUCGAAAACCCAGAGGCCUUUGAGGACCAAACAGAGUCCAACGAGAGCCCGCCACCUCCGCCGCCACCACCUCCACCACCAGCCCUGGUUCUGAAGCAGGAGGCAGAGGACGAAGAGGACAGCUGGGCCACAGAGAACGGCAGCGAGCCAUCGCCAGAGGAGGAGGACGAAGACGACGAUGACGAUGCGGGGGAUGACGAGCGAGACAGGGGCUCGGACAGUGAUGGGGAGCCCUGGGGGGUUCUAGAUGGCAUCGAUGGGUCGAGGAAAGGCCUUGUUGGGAGGGCGCAGUGAACAGAACAUUUCAUUCAUGCAUAUACAAGUUCAAACACACACAUACACAAACACAUACAUACAUGGAGGUAUACAACACAACCUCACUCACUCUCCCACCUCAAGAAAAAUGCUGGCCUUCCCUCCCCCCUUCUCUCUCCUUACUGCACAUCAUUGUGUCCUCCACAGCGGAGCACAGCAGAGCCUUAUGUGUACAGACACUUUCUAACUCAGGCCACAUGGUCCAUGACAAGUGAACUACAGAAAAGUAAAGUCAAGGAGAGAUGACAGUAAACCAUAUGAACUCCUGGCAUAGCCAAGAGGGAAGUUAACGUGACAAUAAGAACGUAACCUCUUUGAGAAAGCUAAAUGUCUCUUUUUUCCCCACUAUUGUUGUUUAUAUCUGAAUAGGGGAACGGCCAAACCAGAUACCAGAACUGAGCAGUUGAUUCCAAUGGAUUACAGCAAGCACAUUUCUCAAAAGAAAAAUAGACUACAGGGCAAAACCAAAUCGAGUAUGCUUAUCUUUUGUUUUUGUUGUUAUUGCUUUUGAAUAGUUCUCCGUUUUUCUUAUUUUUCAAUUUAUGAAUAAGCCCAUACAUAUCUAUAUACCAUUAUAUUUCUUUAUUUGUUAUUCUGGUUUUAUAUAUGAAUCCUUUAGACACAUUUUUUCUUUGAAGAGCUUUCCUGAGAAGAUAUUCAGAUGGAAAGAAGGGUAAUCAGAACUGGCUGGGUCUUCCUUAGCAGCUACAUGUGCUAAGCUGGGGCUUUUUUGGGCACUUUGGCUCACUGUGGAUGUCAGUGAUAAUCAACCCAGAGGACUAUUGUUAUGUUGCAGUGACUUGAUCAGUUUCUGUUAUCAGGGAAUUGGCAUUAUUCUAUUUUGCUCUUGUUGCAGCCGACUAAUGCUGCCAAUGCGGAAAGUAAGCAUCUUUUGUGCCAAAGUUAGAAGAAGUCAUCUUUGGAGCAGAAGUUUGACUACUGGCAGGGACUCUAGCCACGAUCCAACGAUCCUCACAGCAGAGUGCUCUCUCACAUAUGCACAACACAAACACACCAUCAAUCUCAUGCACAGCGUAUACUGUACACAUAUACUCGCACUCCUUUCACUCUACCCUCAGCUGGAGCAGAUGUGCCGACCUGGCAUCGAGUGCCCGGAGAGAGAUUUCCACUUCACACCGUUUAUGUAGCACUUUUGUGAUCCUCUAUUAAAGUGAGGCACAUCUCGUCCGCUGAGAGUAGAGUUGCUGUCUGUGAGCUUUUCUCUCCGUUAGCAUGUCCAAACUGAUGACAACAUCAACAUAUAAAAUACAAUCAACCUUAGAGCACUCCCCGAUGAUGUCAGUAGAAAGACACUCUUUCAGCACGGACAAAAACAUCCAUUCAUAAUAGCGACAUUAUUCACCAACACAACGAUCAAAGACAUAUGCAAGUUGAAAGCAGGAAUCCUUUUGGAAGACAUUUUGAAAUCAGACUCAGGGCUUUUCAGUAAGGACCAAACCCUAGCUGCUCUCAGGCACGCUAGAAACAGGCAAUAUUUAUGUGUGUAUUCUUGACUCUGUUUUGAUCAGCUCAACCCCCUCUGCCUGUACAUAGAAGGUGUCAAGUCUGAAAAACAGCAUGGAUGUCAGUCUGACUCUUCCACAGGGGGACAAAAUCAUCAUCAUCAUCAUCAUCAUCAUCAUCAUCACUGCCCCUGCCUGUGCUCUAGCUGGCAUCCAUGCAACAAACUGCCUUCUCAUCCCAAAAGCCAUUAUAUCAUCAUGUCUUCUUGUGUAUAUCCUUGCCUCUCUUUAAAGGAGCUGUGGAGGAUUAUGUGUUCUCAUGUAUCAUUUCUUUAUUGCCAAAAUGUCUCUGUAGGCAAUCAGCUGGGAGAGCGCGGCUGAAAUACAGUACAGAGGUUCUUUUUUGUAUCUCUUUGAAGCAAUAUGAACAUUCUUUCUGUAGCGGUGAGAGGUCCCGUCUUUUGAAUAUGGACAGGUCUCCUCAUUUUUGAGUUGUGUGUGGGUGUGGGUGUGGUUGUGUGUGUGUGCGCGCGCGGGCAUGUGUGUAUGUGUGAAUGCUUGCUUUCAGUCAUUGGGUGAAUGUCCUCGGCAUGGUGCUGUCAUACAAAAACACUUGUGUGAUGACCUCAUCCCUUCUCUUUCUGCUGGGCUGUCAUGAUGUUAAUGAUGGUAAUGAAGGCAGAACAUUGAGAUUAUGUUGUUUUAUGUUUUUGUUUUUCAACAUGGCCAAGGUGUUGUCUACCCUGUUUAUGUCAACUCUUGUCAUACAAAGAAAAGCCAUAUAAACAGUAAGAGGCACAAUAAACUACUUUUGUGAGAUUA